AUGCUUGGAUCAACUUUGUUUUUGACGUUAGGUCUCCUGGGCUUGUCCCGGGCACACUUUGUGAUUCCUUACGAUGACCAGGACAUGUCCGGUCUCACGGUCAACUCGAUCCCCGCCGAAAAGAGAGUUGAAUACAUGCGAAAGACAAACGAGGCGCUGUACCGGCAAAGCGGGCCCUGCCCUUUCGCCGCAUUCGGUGCCAUCAUCGUGAACCAUACUAGUGACGAAGUCGUCUGUGAAGGAGCCAACUUCAGAACCGGAGACCCGACAAUUCACGGAGAGAUUUCAGCCAUCAAUGCCUGCACGGCCAAGGUUACCAAGCAGGGCAUGACACCUACUGAGAUCUUCGCCGCGUGGGGAGACCUUUCCAUUUACACGAACGCCGAGUCGUGCCCGAUGUGCGCGAGUGCUAUUCGAUGGGCAGGUUUCAAAGAAUACGUCUACGGAACCACGAUCCAGCACAACUACAACGUCGGCUGGGGCGUGAUGACCCUCAGCAACUACGACGUCUUCCAGCAGUCUCGCCAGCUUCCCGGCUACCAGACCGUCAUGACCGGGCAGAUCCUGACCAACGAAACAGACCCCCUGUUCUCGAGGCAAUACAACGCCAGCGCGCCUUGCCCGAACGAAUGCUUCCGAGUCCCCAGUGCAGCGAGGGGCGGGUCCACGUGCUCUAACGUGACCGUGUCCCGAAGGGACUAUGAAGGCCUAUGA